AUGCCGACCCCUUGUGGACUAGGGUUGCCGCAGUUGCGGUAUAAUUAUCCUACAGAGAAGCAUCGACCGGGGAAUAGCACGCAGAGAUUCAGACCCGGCCCAGCACCGGUCCACAAACUCGGCCACUUUGGGCUCUGCGUGACCGAUUUCGCACGCACGUACGAGUUCUUUACGACCAGGUUCAACUUCAAAGCCAGCGAUCUCGUCCACACCAAAGAGGGCAAAAACAUCACGGUAUUCCUCCAUCUGGACCGUGGUCGAGAACUAGUUGACCACCACUCGUUCUUCUUCUUUGAGGGUCCCAAAUGGCAUGUUCAUCACUCGUCCUUUGAAACUCACGACUUUGAUACCCAGUUGCUGGGACAUCAUUGGUUGCGGGAGAAGGGGUAUAAAAACUGCUGGGGGGUUGGUAGGCAUAUCAUGGGGAGUCAGAUAUUUGAUUAUUGGUUCGAUCCGUCGGGGUUCGUUGUCGAGCAUUACGUCGACGGGGACUUGGUGGAUGAGACGCAUCCGGUGAAUCGGUCUCUGGCUUCACCGGAUAAUCUCCAUGUCUGGGGCCGCAGGGAAAAAGGGCUUCCGCCAAGACCGCCCACAUUACCUGUCCUAGGAAACCUGCAUCAGAUCCCGACAAAGGGAGCUUACCUCAAAUUCACCGAAUGGGCCCGCACAUACGGAGGAAUCUACUCGCUGAAACUCGGCACAGGCACUGCAAUCGUACUGACGGACCGCGCACUCGUCAAGGAACUCAUCGACCGCAGGAGCUCGAAAUACAGCAACCGCCCGACCUCCUUCGUGGCACACACCAUCACAGGCGGCAGCCACCUCCUCGCGAUGCAAUACAGUCCACUGUGGCGCACAAUGCGCAAAGCCGUCCACCAGUACUUCAUGGAGUCCAUGGUCGAAAAAUCACACAUCCGCGUGCAGAAUGCGGAAGCGGUCCAGAUGCUACGAGAUUUCUGCCUCCGGCCCGACCAGCAUAUGCUGCAUCCGAAGCGGUUUAGUAAUAGCAUUAUUAUGAGUUUGGUCUAUGGCAUCCGUACCCCCUCUGUCGAGACGAUACAUAUGAGUCGGCUGUAUGAGAUGAUGGAGUCCUGGAGUAAGGUUAUGGAGCCCGGGAAUACGCCACCUGUGGAUAUCUACGGGUUCUUGCACUAUAUCCCCCAAACGUUAUUUGGGAAUUGGAGGUCGAGGGCGCAGGAGGUUAGUGCGGAGAUGAACAAGUUGUAUGCCGAGUAUUUGGAUAUCGUGCUUGAGCGGAGGAAGAGAGUAGGUAGCGUCGGCAGCUGUCUGGAUACCGCGCUCGACCAGAAUGACAAGAUCGGUCUCACGCGGCAUCAGCUUUAUUUCCUCGGUGGAGUGCUGAUGGAGGGCGGGUCCGAUACAUCCAGCUCGAUCAUUCUCGCGUUCAUCCAUGCGAUGACAAAGUGGGCGGAGGUGCUGAAAAAGGCACAGGCCGAGAUUGAUGCCGUCGUCGGCGAGCAGAGGACGCCCGUGUGGGCGGACUACGACAAACUGCCCUAUGUCGUUGCCACGGUCAAGGAGGCGAUGCGAUGGCGGCCUGCGGUGCCCUUGGCUUUUCCGCAUGCUGCCGCUGAAGAUGACUGGAUCAACGGCUACUUCAUCCCAAAGGGCACAACGAUGAUAGUUAACGGCUGGGGCCUGCACCACGACAGCACACGCUUCGCGAACCCGGAUGUCUUUGACCCAGACCACUACAAAGGCGUGACAUCGCUCGCCUCUGAGCUCGCCGGGUCCUCCGACCCCAAUGCUCGCGAUCACUACGGCUACGGCACAGGCCGACGUAUCUGCCCGGGGAUCCACGUUGCAGAGCGGAACCUAUUCCUCGCGAUAUCAAAGAUCAUUUGGGCUUUUGAUAUCGAGGCCGGAACUGAUGAAGAAGGAAACGCCGUUGAGCCGGACUUUAACCCAGAGACUGGAUACAGUGAAGGGUUUUUGGUGUGUGCGAAGGAUUUCAAGUGUACCAUUCGGCCGAGGUCAGAGGUGAGGAGGGGGACUAUUAUGAAGGAGUUUAGUGAAGCACAGGAGCAGGUUUUCGCGGGGUAUGAGUGUCCUUGA